ACUCCUUUCAAGAGCGUUAAGCUCAGCUGCGGCGAAGGAGGAUGUGGUGCUUGUGUUGUUCUUCUCUCCAAAUACGACCCUAUUCAACAAAACGUCGAAGAUUUCACAGUCAGCUCUUGCCUCUCUCUCAUCUGCAGCUUAAACCAUUGCAGCAUCACGACAUCAGAAGGACUUGGGAACAGCAGAGACGGUUUCCACUCGAUUCACAAUCGAUUUUCUGGUUUCCACGCUUCUCAAUGCGGUUUCUGCACACCUGGAAUGUGUGUUUCUCUCUUCUCUGCUCUCAUAGACUCUGAAAAGUCCAAAUCUUCCUCUGAGUUCACUGUUAUUGACGCCGAGAAAGCCGUCUCAGGAAACUUAUGCCGGUGUACCGGAUACCGUCCCAUCGUUGAUGCUUGCAAGAGCUUUGCUUCUGAUGUUGACAUUGAGGAUCUUGGUUUCAACUCUUUCUGCAAGAAAGGUGAUUCUAAUAAGAGUUUACCUCGAUUUGAUAGUGAGAAGCGUGUCUGUACAUUUCCAGAGUUUCUGAAAGAUGAGAUUAAGUCUAUAGAUUCUGGAAUGUAUCAAUGGUGUAGCCCUGAGAGUGUUGAUGAGCUUCAAAGGUUAUUGGGAGCUUGUAAGGCUAAUGGUGAUGGAGUUUCUAUCAAAUUGGUUGCUGGUAAUACUGGUAAUGGGUACUAUAAGGAGGAAAGAGAACGGAGUUAUGAUAAAUACGUGGACAUAACUCGAAUACCGGAGAUGAAAGAGAUAAGAGAAAGCAAGAAUGGGGUUGAGAUAGGAGCUGCUGUGACAAUAUCUAAAGUUAUAGCUUCUCUAAAGGAGAUUCAGGUCUCGCCUGGAGUCGAAAAGAUGUUUGGGAAGCUUGCUACUCAUAUGGAGAAGAUAGCUGCGAGGUUUAUUAGGAACUUUGGUAGCAUUGGAGGAAACCUUGUAAUGGCUCAGAGGAAACAGUUUCCUUCUGAUAUGGCUACGAUACUUCUUGCAGCUGGUGCAUUUGUUAACAUAAUGAGUUUGUUAAGAGGACUUGAAAAGCUAACACUUGAAGAGUUCCUUCAUAGUAAUCCUCUCGAGGCUUAUGAUCUGGUCUUGAGUAUCGAGAUUCCGUUUGAAACUUGUGAAACAAACACUGAACUGAUCUUUGAAACCUAUAGAGCUGCACCGCGUCCUAAUGGAAGUGCUCUGGCUUAUUUGAAUGCUGCUUUCUUGGCUCAAGUGAAGGAUACAAUGGUGAUUAGCUGUAGAUUGGCUUUCGGGGCUUACGGGACCAAACACGCCAUAAGGUGUAAGGAAGUUGAAGAGUUCCUCUCAGGGAAAGUGACCACUGAAAAUGUUCUUCAUGAAGCAAUUACCUUACUUGGCAAGAUCAUUGUGCCUCAAGACGGUACAAGUAAUCUUGCUUACAGGUCAAGCUUAGCGCCGGGCUUUCUUUUCGAGUUCUUCCACUCCUUAAUAACAGAUAAACCUUCAAAUGGUCAGCACUUGGAUCAGCCAAAACCAAUGCCAAUGUUGUCUUCUUCACAAAAGGUUCCUUUAAACAAUGAGUAUUAUCCAAUUGGUGAGCCUAUUGCUAAAUCUGGAGCCUCUCUUCAAGCUUCCGGUGAGGCUGUUUAUGUGGACGACAUUCCAGCGCCUGAAAACUGCCUCUAUGGAGCUUUCAUCUAUAGCAAAAAUCCAUAUGCGAGGAUAAAAGGUAUUCGGUUCAAGGAAAACUCGGUUCUUGAUGGAGUUCUUGAAGUCAUUUCUUGUAAAGAUGUUCCUAAAGGUGGACAGAAUGUUGGUAUGAAGUUUGGAUUUGGCAUUGAGCCUUUAUUCGCGGAGGAGUUCACCGUUCAUGUAGGCCAAUGCAUCGCCGUAGUGGUCGCAGAUACGCAGAGACACGCGGAUACUGCAGCCAAUCUUGCAGUGGUUGAAUACGAAACAGAGGAUUUGGACCCACCGGUCUUAUCUGUGGAAGACGCGAUCAAGAAAUCGAGCAUGUUCGAGAUUUACCCUUUCUUAUACCCACAACAAGUUGGAGACACAUCAAAAGGAAUGGCUGAAGCUGAUCAUCGAAUUCUCAGCUCACAAAUUAGACUCGGGUCACAAUACUUCUUCUACAUGGAGACACAAACAGCUCUUGUAGUACCAGAUGAAGACAACUCCAUUGUAGUCUAUAGUUCAUGUCAGACCCCUCAGUAUGUACAAUCCUCGGUCGCUACUUGCCUCGGUAUCCCUGAAAACAACGUCCGUGUCAUAACAAGACGUGUCGGUGGAGGUUUUGGAGGAAAAGCUGUCAAAGCAAUGCCUGUUGCAACAGCGUGCGCGGUUGCUGCUAAUAAACUGCAGCGUCCUGUGAGGACAUAUGUAAACCGAAAGACCGAUAUGAUCAUGACUGGUGGAAGGCAUCCUAUGAAGAUUACGUACACUGUAGGAUUCAAAUCCACAGGGAAGAUCACAGCUUUGGAGCUAGAAAUACUAAUUGAUGCAGGGGCAACACUCGGUCUAAGUAUGUUAAUGCCAACAAAUAUCAUAGGGGCGCUAAAGAAGUACAAUUGGGGAGCCUUAUCUUUUGAUAUCAAACUUUGUAAAACGAAUCUUCUAAGCAAAGCAAUCAUGAGAGCACCAGGGGAUGUGCAGGGUACUUAUAUCGCUGAAGCCAUUAUCGAAAACGUAGGCUCUAGUCUCUCCUUGGAGACUGAUACCAUAAGAAAGAUCAAUCUCCAUACCUAUGAGAGCUUAGCUCUGUUCUACAAGGAUGGUGCUGGUGAACCACAUGAGUAUACUUUGUCUUCCAUGUGGGAUAACUUGGGUGUAUCUUCUAACUUUGAAGAGCGGGUUUCGAUUGUUAAAGAGUUCAACGAGUCUAACAUAUGGAAGAAACGAGGGAUAUCUCGAGUACCCAGUAUUUAUCCGGUUUCCAUGUUUGCAACUCCAGGGAGAGUAAGUGUUUUGAGCGAUGGCUCGAUCAUUGUUGAGGUUGGUGGAAUAGAGCUUGGACAAGGGCUAUGGACAAAGGUGAAGCAAAUGACUGGUUAUAUUCUUGGUUUGCUGCAAUGCGAUGGUGCUGAAGAUCUCGUGGAGAAGAUAAGAGUUGUACAAUCAGAUACAUUGAGUAUGGUACAAGGAAACUUUACAGGAGGCAGCACAACCUCCGAGGGAAGCUGCGCAGCUGUUCGUCUCUGCUGCGAAACCUUAGUCAAAAGAUUGAAACCUUUAAUGGAGAAGUCGGCUAGCGACUUGUAUACUCCACAAGAAACUCCCACGCGAUACCUGAACUACGGUGUUGCAGUUAGCGAGGCAAGUUCCGUAGACCUUGUGACUGGACAAACAACGGUUGUACAGACAGAUAUCUUAUAUGAUUGUGGAAAAAGUCUAAAUCCAGCUGUUGAUUUAGGACAGAUUGAAGGAGCUUUUGUACAAGGACUUGGCUUUUUCAUGCUUGAAGAGUACAUAACAGAUUCAGAAGGACUCGUUGUGACAGACGGCACAUGGACAUACAAGAUCCCUACUAUAGACACCAUUCCUAGACGAUUCAACGUCGAGAUACUAAACAGUGGAUGCCAUGAAAAACGUGUACUCUCUUCUAAAGCUUCGGGAGAGCCUCCGUUGCUACUGGCAGCUUCCGUUCACUGCGCGACAAGAGAGGCGGUCAAAGAAGCACGGAAGCAGCUAAGGAUGUGGAAAGGUGAGGAUGGUUCAGGUUCGACGUUUCAGUUGCCGGUUCCGGCUACAAUGCCCGUUGUGAAGGAGCUAUGUGGCCUUGACAUCAUUGAGAGCUAUUUGGAGUGGCAAUUAAGAGCUAACUCGAGAUUAUGA